AUGUCAGGGUUAGAUAACUUAUUCAGUGCGCCUGUACCGGGGGCUGGAUCGGGCUUAUCUGCUUGUCUGCCCACGACUGGAGAGUUCUUGGCAGACUGUGAAGGCAUGCUCGGUGGUGAACCCACUGCAGCACAGUACCAGAAGUCUUGGCCACAGCAUGGCAGAAGAUACCUGCUAGAAAGUAAAAAUGGGAGGCCAGUCGACCGGAAAACUGCGGUAAUGGAAAUAUAUCCUCGAUUUCUUUACUUAUUCAGUGAUGUCAUAUGCAUGGUUACUAGGAAUCAGAAGGCGUGGGCUCACUCCGCACUUAGAUUGGUUGAAUGGAGCCAAGUUGGCUCGCAUAACGCGGUCAACCAAUGUGCAUUGCCAGCGCUAAUUAUCGUUCUUAACGGCCCGGCCAUCGAAAACGAGUCCUGGAUAUCUAAUGAUUAUGACGCUGUCACAAGAGAUUUCUUCUCGACCAUUGACGCAGAGAUCGAUGAGAAUAUCGACUUUAGCGAGAUGGCAAAGAAGGCAAACAAAAACAUGAGAAGCCUAUUGCUACGAAAUUUCUCUAGCGUACAUGUACACUAUAUUCCAUUGAAACGUUUUGGGGACCUAGGGACUUCUGAAAUAGUUAUAUCACGGUUUGACCGACUUUCCCAGAGAAUCCGAGAAGACACUGAACGUGUACGCCAUCAGCGUAUCGACACGUGGACCUUGUUUGAUGCGAAGCAAAUGAGCAUGGUCUUCGACUAUGCUUUCAAGCAUCUUGCAUCAGGUGUCGAGGAACCGUUUGACCUGAAUCAAUGCCGACAACAGGUAUCGCUCCCAGAUUCCACAGAGGGCCGCUUCGCUGAGUUUUUGGGUCGCUGCAUGCAUAAUAGUGUAAGAAAGAACUUUGAUGCCAUUGCAAAAGUAAUGGGUUCAUGCAUUGUUAGGAACUCCCUUAAGUCAGGGGGGUCUGAUUUACUUCGUCCCUCGGUUGUUUUCGAUCAGGAAAUGAAAGAGAUAUGCGGUCGAGCAUUAGACCAAUUUCUGGUAAAUAGCCAGCUAUGUGCAUAUUCUAAUGAGGAAACUGGCGAAAAAUGCAUCAAUACCAAGUCCGGGCAUGCCAAAGGCCAUCAAGCAGCAGGCGGGAUAUUUAUUAAAGAGGGUAGUUUUGUCGACGGAUUCUUCAGUAAUCAAGCAUUCCUUGAGUGCGUCGACGAUAGUAUCCAUGCGAUUCUCAAAGAAAUUGAUGACAAGACGAAUUUGGAUACUGAGGGCAAACGACAGUACGCUACUACGAAGCAUAGGUAUUACCUUGAGUCCAUACCGGACCAAUCGUUCUGGAUGGAGUCCUUCACUUCUCAGUGGAUCGAUUCGUACAACGAGAAAUAUAAAGGCGUAUCUAGCACUAAACUCAGUAUUCGAGCUAGUGUUUGCUACGCCUGUCUGUUCGGCCACCCAGAGUAUACGUUGCCUUGUGGACAUGUUCUAUGCUUGGAUUGUGUUCGUGAGUUCGAUGAGUCUUCUCUUUUAGAAAAAUAUCCCGGCAUGUCUAUUCACAGACAUUGUGUGCUUUGUGCCUCCACGGGCGGGGAAAAUUUAUGGCCAUGUGUGUUCCAGUAUCGUCCAGAACUCAGUGGCAUACGCUUGCUUUCCCUAGAUGGCGGCGGUGUAAGGGGAAUUAUCCAACUACGUAUCCUUCAACGUCUUGAAGAGUUUAUUGGACUCGAUAUACCGCUCGGAGAAUUGUUUGAUUUUAUGAUAGGGACAAGCGCCGGUGGAGGUAUCGUGCUGGGCCUCGGUGCGCAUAACUUCGGCGUUCAAGAAUGCACUUUGCAAUUUAAACGCUUCUUCCAGAUGGCCCUGGAAAGUAAAUUCUUAACUAAAUCCUUGUUCGGGCCAAUUGCAAGGUUAAUAACCAGCUCAAUCUACAAGACAGAACCACUGGAGGCGGCCAUGAAGGACACAUUUGGUACUCAACGUUUGUUCGGGCACUACGGUAACACACCACGAGUCGCAGUGACCACUACUGUGAACUCUGACAGUCGUUUACUCGCUAACUACCAUUGGGGAGACGAACGACGAUAUCUCAAUUCAGAUAUUAAUACUUGGUAUGCCGCACGCUGCGCUUUCGCUGUUCCAACGUACUUUGAACCGGCUUUGCACGAUGGCUGCUAUUGCUGGGAUGGGGGAUUAACAGAGAAUAAUCCAGUACAGCUUGGAGUAACCGAAGCAAAGUCCGUCUGGGGCCGUGACGCCCGUUUCGAUGCCGUCCUAUCCAUUGGUUCCGGAUACGGAAAAAGGUCACAACGCCAUCUUGGUUGGCUUCGGUUUUUCCCAGAACAGGUAUUUAAAGUUUUAGAGAGGCUAGCUGCAACUAUGGAUAGUGAGGAGGCUUGGAGAAGUUUCAUCAAGAGCAAUCAAUCAAUACAAGAUCGAUGCUACCGGCUAAACGUUGACCUCGAGAGAUCUAUUGAGCCAGAGUUGGAUGACAUCAAGGAAAUUCCCAGAAUGGAGAGAUUAGCAAAGGAAGCUCCUUUCUAUUCCCAAUUCGGGACAAGGAAGAGGUCGCAUAUUAUCGGUGAGGCUCAAACUAACGAACUUGAAGAAUUGGCCCAUAGUCUCAAGGCCUCACUGUAUUUUUUCGAACUCGAAUCAGUGACGAAACAGGACGACGUCUCCAUCGUCAAAGGUUGGAUAUGUUGCCGCCUUCAGCCCCACAAAGAAGCGUACCAGCAACUUAUCAGUAACACUACACAUUUUCAAGUGAAAAAUACCGAACAUAAGUUGCCUACUCUUCAGAACGGAAAAAACUUCAAAAUAGAGGUUACUUUCCACGAACAAGAGUCAAGAGACUCCGAUCCUAUUCAUAUCAAUGUGAAGUUUCGUGAUCGUGCGACCCCGGUCGUUAUCAGCGGAUUUCCCACGACUCUGAAGGAUUUGAAGACAUAUUGGGAUGCGAAACAAUGA